CGGGUGCAGAAGACUAGAGAUCUCCAAUUACAGUAUUUAUUACACUCCAUACUCAGUUUUCUGACAGUUGGAUAUAAAUUCUAAAUACUAAUAUUAUUCUUCUUUUUGGUCAAUUUUCGAUCGCGUUAUUUACUUCAACGUAUGUAGUGAGUAGGAACGAUGAUAUUUUUGUUUCAAUUUCUUUUGAGAUUUGCAAAAUAAAGUGAGGCCUGAAAUCUGUUAGCAAAAAUAUAAACUCAAUCAAGUAAUUGAAUAUGGCUGAUGAUGAUGAUACUCACAACAAUAAACGAUCUGGACGUGGCUACAGAAAUAAGCAGCGACAGACCGACAAUGUAGCCAAGAAAUUCUUACGAGACUUUGAUCCACAAAGCAGUGAACGCGAAAAACGUAAAUUACAUCGUCGUUUGUACCCGGGAAGUCGCAAACACAUACUGUUCGAUGAGUCUGGAGUUUUUAUUAAAUCUGGUACCAACUUGUGUGAUUGCUUGAAAGUCGAUUGUCCUGGAUGUCAUUUUCCUUGCUCGAAAUGUGGAUCACGUAAAUGUGCACACGAAUGCAGACAACUUCGAAGAUGGGCUUAUGAAUCAGUUGAGAACGAAGGAAGCGAUGUUAUUCAGAAGAACAACAGUCUUUAAAAAAAAAGCUUAUCAUGGUAAACUUAAGUAUAGGAAAAAUGUUUGUAAGCUUAUUUAGUUAUAAUUAAAAUUAGAAAACAAAUAUACAUACAACAAUUUUUUGUUCAUGUACCUACUUA